CAUGAAAAUGCCCGGAGCCAAAUCACGCUAAUUCGUUAAACCAGACUGCGAACAACUCUAGAUUUGAGUAGAGGUGUCAAAACCACACCGACCCAACCCGAUCCGAAACCAACCCGAAAAAUAUCCGAUUUAGAGUUGCACUCGCGUGGACAUAAUAAUUUAACAUGAUUCAACUUUUAAAAUUGACCCGACCGAUCCGACCCGACCUUAUCAGAUCCGAUCCGAUCGUCCGAAUUGACCCCCCUAGAUUUGAAUCCCCUAUAGAAUAGAACAUCACAAGAACUCCCUCCCGACACUCGAAACAAACCCAGAACCCAAAAAAAAAAAAUGGGGCUACUCUCAUCAUCAUCAUCUUCAACCUCACAACAAAAAGGGAUUGUAAUCACAAUACCAGUCUUAGUUCUUGCUCUUUCUACUGCCGCCAUUUUUCUCUUCUUCUUGCUUUCUUCUCUCUCCUCUUCUUGCUCUUGCCCUUCUUCCCCUGAUAUCACCGGAACUUUUCGCGAAUCUUCUGGAAAAUCCGAGGAAAGGGUUUCAACAUCAACGGAAGAUAUUGAUUGGGUUCUGGAUCAGAUCCGAAUUAAUGGGUUGCAUAUGAAGGAUAAUGUUUUGCGGAAAGGGAUUAAUCCUCGUACUAGGGUUCAACAGCUUGAAGAUCUCCGACAGUACAAGGGUAUAUCUCAUUAUGAAGGUGAUGAGGCCAAUAACCACACUGCCCUACCCUGCCCUGGUGAGCUCCUCGUUGAAGAGCAUCAUAGUAAUUAUGGUGAACCAUGGGCUGGGGGCAGAGAUGUGUUUGAAUUCCUUGCGGAGUCUGCUCACCUUAGCCCUGAUGCUCAGGUUCUUGAAAUUGGAUGUGGGACGCUUCGAGUGGGAUUGCACUUCAUUCGGUACUUGAAACCCGAGCACUUUCACUGUCUAGAGAGAGACGAGUUAUCUCUAAUGGCAGCUUUUAGGUAUGAGCUUCCAUCUCAGGGUCUGUUGCACAAGCGCCCUAUUAUUGUAAAAGGUGAAGACAUGGAUUUUAGCAGAUUUGGAUCUGAGGUUACAUAUGAUCUGAUAUAUGCUAGUGCAGUUUUCCUACAUAUGCCUGAUAAACUUGUUUGGGUUGGGUUGGAACGGUUAGCAUCUAAAUUAAAGCCAGAUGGCCGAAUAUUUGUCUCCCACAAUAUAAAAUUCUGUUCUCGGUUAGGUGGAGAUGAGUGUACAAAGAGACUUUCAAGCUUAGGGCUCGAGUAUGUGGGAAAGCGCACACAUGAUAGUCUGCUUUUCAAUCAUUAUGAAAUUUGGUUUGAGUUUCGGCGAGUGAAAGCUUAACUAGUUUGAUAGGCAAAAUCACAAAAGCUUAUAGCUUAUGGUACUUUUUGUCAUCUGAAAGGAAAAUGAGGUCCUUUGGGGUUCUGGUGUCUUUAAGUAUAGUAUUGAAUUCUGGGGGAUCCAUUGUUAAUCUAGAGCUUUGCACAGAGGAAGGAAACCCGAUCAGUUUACGACAGGAUGCUCUCUGUGCAGUAUCUCACGGAGAUCUGUACUUUAAGCUGACUAGCAACUCUCCAAACACAAGGAGCUAGUUUUUUCUCUUUUGGUGCUGCACCUUGUUUUCAGAAUAAGAACUGGAAAUUCUGGUGGCUGUGCAGUAAUUUUUAUUUUUUGCUUACUGUAAGUUAUGUGUAAUUUUUAAUUUUUUGUAGAUUGUACAAUUAAUUUAA